AUGCAAACGACAUCCAGAGAUAAACUCCAGGACCUGCAAACAAUAAUAACAAAAAUGCCACUCUCCGUUAUCUGUGUGUCAGUGUUACCUGAGUUUGGAGUCCGUUGGCGCGAAGUUUCCCGUGCCGUUCGCAACUGUCGUUUGCCCAUGGUGCCUGCCAGUGUUGCCAGGGUUAUUUGUCGGCAUGCUGGUAAUUCUUUGCCCGAGGACGAGAUUGGGGAUAUUGUUGCCAGAUUGAGGCUCAAAUUUUCAGCACUCGGCUUCAAAACAUACGAAGACGCAAAAUUAUUCGGUCGCGACAUACACUCGCUACUGCGAAUCCACGAUCGCGCUAAUAACGAAAAUGUUAACCAUUUGGCCGAAAUACCGGAGUACAAUCCCAUCCCUAUCGUUACUAAGUCUGCCAACACCGUCACUAUAGAUUACACCAACAGGAAUUACAAUGAACAAUACGUCGACAACUUAUUAGGGCCAGAUCCUCCUCUUUUGACAGAUCUGAUAGUAAAUUCGACGGAAAAUUUUUUCGAUCCGUCAAGGUUGCAGAAAAGGAUAAAUAUUAAUGUUCAGCUUAAAAGUGAAGAUGUGGCCAAAACGUUGAAGGUGUGGGUGAGCAAAGGUGCGAUACCGCCUACAUCGCUCUUUUUUAAUAUCUUUCGUAAGAUUAAGAGCAAUAAGUUUUCAAUUGAUGGUAAUGUUGACGACUAAAACCAAAUUGGGCUUUGUAAAACGUGACCACACGUCCCGCUUUUUAGGUUCGUGUCCCGCUGUCCCUUAAAUACUUAACAAUGUCCCGCUUUGACAAAAUAGAAUAAUCGUGACAUAAAUUUUAAAACAAAAUGGCGCUAAAUUGAAACAUAAUACAUUAAACCAGACAAGAUUAGUUAUUUUUUAAAUUUUUGAUAAUUGCGGUAACUGUCAUAAACAUGUAUUUUAUUUUUAAAACAACAUAAAAGUACAGGCGUCCCGUUCUGCGGGUAAAAAAUAAAGGUAACGUGUGCGUUGUACAGUCACGUCAAGACAUUGACACAUGACACUUUAGAAUACGACCCUCGGUCUCGCUGCCAUCGAGUAUCGCUGCGUUUCCGCGUCCCGGAAGAAAUCGAGAAUCGUUGUGGUCUCAAAAAUACCGGGAAAAAAACUAUUUUCGAUACAUUUCAUUCAUUCAUUCAUUUAAAUUUUUCAAAAGUUGGUUAUUAUUUAUUAGGUUAAUAAUAUUGAUUGUAAUGAACAUUAUGAUGUUUUACUACUAUGAUUUGUAGUUUCAUCAUCCUAUUACUGCCUUCAUAUUACUUAGCAUGCCGAACAAAUUCAUAUUUUUAAUUAUUCUACAUUAAUGAAUGGUGCUGGUGAAAUUAUAGGCACGUGGGACUCGUCAACUUAUGUGUCAGGGUGUCGGGCGCAUUGGCAGUGCCCCUCAGAUC